CACAUAAAUAAACUCAAAACAAAACACUCUCUUUACCUGAAAACUGUCGACGUUUCUCUUCCUCUCUCUCUCUCUUUAUAUAAAACCCUUCUGUUUGUUUCCCUAGAAAAUAAAAAACUUUCUCGUAAAAUAUGGCUGCAAAGUCACAAAGAUCUCUCUCCGACAUCGAAAACAUAAUUCUCCAAAAAAUCCUACUAAUCUCACUCACACCCACCACCGAUUCACGAACUAUUUACUUGGAACUCACAGCAGCUGAGAUCUUAAGCGAAGGCAGAGACUUGAAGCUCAAUCGCGACCUCAUCGAACGGGUCUUAAUCGAUCGUUUAUCGGGUCAAUUCCCCGGCUCCGACACUCCGUUCCACUACCUUCUAAACUCUUACCGCCGUGCCAAUGAAGAAGAGAAAAAAAUCAGUAACAUGAAGGAUAAAAACGUCAAAUUGGAAUUGGAAUUAUCCAUUAAACAAGCUAAAAGAUUGUUUAUAUCUUAUACUAGGAUUCACUUGGGCAAUCCUGAUAUGUUUGGCGGCGAUGUUGAUCCAAAUAAACCGACAAUUUCUCCGUUACUGCCGGUUCUUUUUGCUUCUGUUGGCGGAUUUAAUAGCUCCGGCGGGAGCCAGCCGCCGCCCGUAGGGUUCUUGGAUGACUUGUUUAGAGAUGGGGAUUUUGAUAGUUUGGAUCCUAUUUUAAGAGGACUUUAUGAUAAUUUAAGAAAGAUUGUGCUGAAGGUGUCUGCUAUGGGUAAUUUUCAGCAGCCAUUGGGUGUUCUGUUGUAUUUGCUGAAGUUUCCUGUGGGUGUUAAGUCACUGGUCAAUCAUAUUUGGUGGAUUCCUAAAGGUGCUUACUUGAAUGGUAGAGUUAUUGAAAUGACUAGUGUUUUGGGUCCUUAUUUUCAUGUUAGUGCCUUGCCUGAUCAUACUAUUUUCAAGAGCGAGCCGGAUGUUGGGCAGCAGUGUUUCUCUGAAGUAGCAACUCGUCGGCCAAGUGAUUUGUUAUCUUCAUUCGCCACAAUCAAGAGCUUUAUGAAUAACUUAUAUGACGGUCUAGAACAGGUUCUCCUCAUUAUUCUUAAGACUAAUGAUACCCGUGAAAAUGUCCUUCAGUAUCUUGCUGAGGUGAUUAAUAUGAAUUCGUCAAGAGCCCACAUACAGGUUGAUCCUUUAUCUUGUGCUAGUUCAGGCAUGUUUAUCAAUCUAAGUGCUGUGAUGCUUCGACUCUGUGAUCCAUUUUUAGAUCCAAAUUUGACGAAGAGGGAUAAAAUUGAUCCAAAAUAUGUCUUUGACAGUAACCGUUUGAAACUAAGGGAGUUGACAGCUCUACAUGCAUCAUCCGAAGAAGUAACUGAGUGGAUUAAUAAAGGCAAUCUUGGGGGAACAGAUGCUUCUGCGGAAUCCAGUGAUGGUGAAGUUCGCUUGCUUCAAUCCCAAGAAGCCACCAGUUCUGGUAGUGGCAGUAAUAAGCCUACAUCAAGUAGCAGUCAAAAGGCAAAGUACACCUUUAUUUGUGAAUGCUUCUUUAUGACUGCAAGGGUGCUGAAUUUGGGUCUGUUGAAAGCAUUUUCAGACUUCAAGCAUCUCGUUCAGGACAUAUCAAGGUGUGAAGAUUCUCUAUCAACGUUAAAAUCCAUGCAAGAGCAGUCACCUUCUCCACAAAUGCAGGUUGAUAUUGCUCGCCUUGAGAAAGAUCUAGAGCUGUAUUCACAGGAAAAGCUUUGCUACGAAGCUCAGAUAUUAAGGGAUGAAUCAUUUAUUCAGCGUGCACUUUCGUUCUACCGGUUAAUGGUGGUUUGGUUGGUUGGUCUGGUUGGUGGCUUUAGAAUGCCUCUGCCAUCAACAUGCCCUAUGGAAUUUGCAUGCAUGCCGGAACAUUUUGUAGAAGAUGCCAUGGAGUUGCUCAUAUUUGCUUCCCGUAUUCCAAAAGCUUUGGAUGGGGUCUUGUUGGAUGAUUUUAUGAACUUUAUUAUCAUGUUCAUGGGAAGUCCAACAUAUAUUAGGAACCCUUAUCUAAGAGCAAAGAUGGUUGAAGUAUUGAACUGCUGGAUGCCACGUCGAAGCGGUUCAUCUGCUACGUCUACUUUAUUUGAAGGGCAUCAAUUGUCUCUUGAGUAUCUUGUGAGGAACCUCUUGAAGCUUUAUGUUGACAUUGAAUUCACAGGCUCUCACACCCAGUUUUAUGACAAGUUCAACAUCAGGCAUAAUAUUGCUGAACUUCUCGAAUACUUAUGGCAGGUCCCUAGUCAUCGAAAUGCUUGGAGACAGAUUGCUAGAGAAGAGGAAAAGGGUGUUUAUCUUAAUUUCUUAAACUUCUUGAUCAACGAUAGCAUCUAUCUUCUUGACGAGAGUUUGAACAAAAUUCUUGAACUAAAAGAACUGGAAGCUGAGAUGUCAAAUACUGCAGAAUGGGAAAGAAGACCAGCUCAAGAAAGGCAGGAGCGAACCCGACUUUUCCACUCCCAAGAAAAUAUCAUCCGGAUUGACAUGAAGUUGGCAAAUGAAGACGUAAGCAUGUUAGCAUUUACAUCAGAACAAAUUACAAUACCUUUCCUACUUCCAGAGAUGGUUGAUAGAGUGGCCAGCAUGCUCAAUUAUUUUCUAUUACAACUUGUUGGUCCCCAAAGGAAAUCUUUAAGUCUUAAAGACCCAGAAAAGUAUGAAUUUAGACCGAAACAGUUGCUGAAGCAGAUUGUCCACAUAUAUGUCCAUCUGGCAAGGGGUGAUACAGAAAACAUAUUCCCAGCUGCCAUCUCAAAGGAUGGCCGAUCAUACAACGAGCAGUUAUUUAGUGCUGCAGCUGAUGUCCUUAGGAGAAUUGGCGAAGAUGGGAGGAUUAUACAGGAAUUCGUUGAGCUUGGUUCAAAAUCCAAAGUUGCAGCUACUGAGGCAAUGGACACUGAAGCAGCCCUCGGAGAGAUACCAGAUGAAUUCCUCGACCCAAUUCAAUACACUUUAAUGAAGGAUCCAGUGAUUUUACCUUCGUCAAGGAUCACAUUAGAUAGGCCUGUCAUUCAAAGACAUCUUCUUAGCGAUGCUACUGAUCCAUUCAACAGAUCCCAUCUAACAGCGGAUAUGUUGAUAUCGAACGUUGAGUUGAAGGCAAAAAUAGAGGAGUUCGUCAGGAGCCAAGAACUAAAAAGGCGCGGGGGAGAUAUUAGUUUACAGAGCAGUAAAACCACAAUACAGACCACUACGGAGGAAAUGCUAAUUGACUAGGGCAUUUAGGCAAGAUUAUUGGAUUUGGAAUAUCAUUUUAUAUUUAAAAGGAUGAGAAAAUUCCAAAUUAAUGAUUAUUUAUGUUGGUUGUAACAACUUACUGCUAGUACAUAAAUGUUCAAAAUUUUAGGUUGGGGAUCUUGGGAUGCCUUAUUGUCCUCAUGUUAGAAAUUUAGAAUUCCUUUUAUUUUGGAGCCUGUAAUUUUAAAAGAUUGUGUGAAAUACUAACAAACAAAAGACUAAUAAUAAUUUGAACUGUUCUGAUUGUUGAUAUAUAA